AUGGGAGAUGCCGCAACUUUCCACGCUAGUGGAUUGGAGCAGAAAAUCAAUGACAAGACAUGGCUCACAAUCCUUGAGCGUGAAGAGAAUAGGAAUGUCCUGAAUGGUACGUACAUACGCCCGUACCUUGUCGGCGAUGCUGCAUUUCCAUUGGCUCCGACAAUGAUGAAGUGUUUCUCUGACAACCAGGCGCUUGAGCCCUACCAGCGCACCUUCAAUUAUCGGCUGAUAAGAACGAGGAGAGUAGUGGAGCAAGCGUUUGGGCGUCUGAAAGGCCGCUUCGCAAUUUUGGACUCGUCAAAGCUCCGGGACCCGAUAUUUGCUGCUGAUGUUGCUCUGGUAUGCUGUGCACUGCACAACUUCUGUGAAACCUUUGCGUCAACGGAAGGUGAGAGCUGGUGCUGUGACCCACAAGAAUACGGACCAGGUCCAAAUGACCGGUUUGUUUUGGAAACCAAUGCCACCGGUUCUGUUGUACGCGAGAAAUUGGCACGGCAUGUGCAUACCCGUCGGCCUAUCUGA